AAAAACAAGAGCCGGGGCGAGAACGGCCUGUGUGUGCUGCCUGAUGUUUGUAAACUCGUGUGCAGCUACUGCCUGUUUCGUGCGUGUCUGUCAGGGUAUCUCUUAUCUUUGUGAUGCGGUGACCCCGGCUUGAAGCCAUGCAGGGCCUCGCGUGCGAGCAGGCUGAGAGCUACGGGUAUCCGCAGUAUUACCACGCCUCGCCAGGCUCUUCGGGCGACUCAUCCUCAGCUUCCAGCGACAGUUGUGCCUCCUCGCAGCAGCCGGCCCUUCUGCACUCGGUAGACCAGCGGCUCCAGCAACUCUGCAAAGAGGAAAGCGCCUCGAAAAAGCCAUGCCCUUCAAGGCUGUUGAAAAAACUUGUUGCUCGAGAGGGGCUCGGCACUCUGCUUGUCCGACUUUUUCCUGGCGACCAGGGCUACAAAGUGUCCAUCAACAGUCCUGGAAGGACUUCCGCCUACCCUUUUGACGACUCGAAAGUUUCGCCGACCAUCGUAUCUACUUACGAGGAGGAUGAACUGCUGCCGUACAUCGAUCGUGAGGAGUUGCCUCCUGCCAUUGCAGAUCUGCUCGAGGACAGUCCAGUGCCUUUGUUCUAUGCCGGCUGUGUCGUUGCAGAGAUUAUGGACAUGAGGCACUGUCCUGCUGGACACAAUCGAUUCGUCCUCCUCAAACCUUCGGAUCAGAGCUUGCUGUGUGAUAUUAACCAGCUGACAAGUGAGGGCAACUGGACCAACCAGGAAAAGUUGGAAAUAGAAAGUCAGUUGAUUUUGGCUACCCAAGGUCCACUGUGUCUUGACCCCUCUCCCUCAGUGGCUGUGCAUAACACCAGGGCUCGAUAUCAAGGCCUUGGUCUAAGUUCGCCUCCGCUGCGCAGACUCGUUCGAAAGUACUCUCAGGCUGCUAUCAACAAAAGAAGAAGAUUAAGUCAAUACCUGAAUUCGUGCAGUACACCAUUGCUUCGAUUUUUGGACAAGCGCCCGAGAGCUCGUCCAACGCAGCCCCUCAAAUUGCCUCCUCAGAUGGUCAACGGCCAUGUGGAGCCACCUGACCCUUCAGAGGUGCUUCGUCUAGGAAUCAAGGCUUGUGAGGAGCCACCGCAGUCUAGUGAAUGUCUACCCCAACUUGUUGAAGAGUACAUUCUGCAGACAGAAAGAGCUCAAGGCAGGGUGUACCACAUAAAACUUAGUUUGAUGCAGAGACCAUCUACGACCGAAUAUUUCGGAGAGUUGUACGUUGACAGAGACUUCAAAGAGGGACAUCGAAAUGGAGCCUCUUGCCGGUUUUCCCUGGGAACACAGUGGCACGCUAAAAAGUACAUAGACCAAUUUUGUGAAAUUUUCACCGAAGAGGGACGUAAGUUAGUCACUAUCACUCACAUCGUGCCAGGCAAGACUCCCUCGGUGACAAACACCUGGGAAAAGAAAGAGGAGGAAAACAAAGUAGAGGAAAUGGCAAUUAAUCCACUCCUCAUGCACAAACCUACUGCACUUAAUAAUCCCAUUUUGGGGGUGCCUGCUCAAAUGGUGCAGCAACAACAGCAGCAAAUGGCCAGAGUACAAACGAGUCCAACUAAAGUCACAUCUCCAACGCGGCACAACAACGCAACGAAUGCUGCUAUUAGUGCUCUGGCGACCAGCCUGAUGAACUCUGCUCAGCAGUUUCAGCAACAGGCAGCAGCAGCAAAUGCCAAUGCAGCCGUACCUCAGCAGGUUGCUCAGAAAGGUCGUCGACAGAGCAAUACCUUGCUGACCGCCAGACUGAAUGCUCCAGUUCAGCAAAUCACCCCUCAAGCCUCGCCCCAACAAAGUCUGCUCUCUCCGCAGCCGGCCAGGAUGUCGGCUCUUACCUCUCAACUAAAUGCCCCUCCGGUCAUUGCCCCUGCUCAGCCCUUUGUUAAUUUUUCCUACUCCGUGCCUAACAAGAUGGUGGCCACCUUGAGACCCACCAUGGCAACUUUCGCUCAGAACAGCCAGCAACAAAGGCAACCCUCCCCUCAGCAAGUGAGCCAGCAAUCGCCUCAACCACCUCAAGUCCAAAUCCAAGCGGCUCAGGAGACCAACCUGGGCAUGGCCAUGCCUGGUUUGUCUGCCCUUUUAGCAGGCACUCCGUCGGCUGAUAAUCCAAUGCCAGGAUCAACGAACAACCUGCUGGAGAGGCUAACAAGUCCGACGAUUGUCCCAGCGUAUGUGGCACCAGCCCCAACCCCUCCGUCGCCAGUCGCAACGUCCCAAAGUCCCAAACCCAUCACACAGUCCCCCAUGUCCAGUCCUUCGACUCUUUCAGUGUCUUCGGUGUCAAAUUUAAAUCUGCACAUAGCCAGUCUGCAGGAAGCCAUGGCGCGAGUCCCUGCGUUCCAAAAUGUUCAGGAGACUGAAAUAAUGGAUGCAUGGGAAUUUGUGUCCAUACCGGGUUUGCCGAACCCCAUAUCUCUCUCUUUGAAUGUGUCUCAAAACGCUGUGCAGCCCUCGGGUGUGAUUGUCCCCACCUUGCCCAUCGCCAACACGGCCACGCUGACUUCGCCCUCGGUCGUGGCGCCAGCACCCACUCCUCAGCCCAUAACCACUCAGCUUGGAACCCUGAAUGUUAGCCCUGCCAAUCACACCAUGCUGCUCACAGCCAACACGAUGGCUGGGACAGGCCAAGUUUUGUCUCUUCCCGUUGCUCAAGUAAUGACGCCGGCUGGAGUGAAGACUGCUCUAGGCCAGGGACUUCGGCCAAAUCCAACAAGCCCAAUGGCUAUUCCUCAGCUUACUCAAGCCAGUGCGCAGCAAAUUCAGCUUUUGGGCGCACUGCCUGGCCAAGUUCAACGUAGAGGGAUUGUCCAGAGAAGUCCCACCCACACCACCACACUGAAGUUGCAGAGCCAAACCCCCCAAACAAGUUUGCAAGCCACUUUAGGACAGCCAGUAGUUACUUUAGCAACUCAGCAGCAGUUGCAGUUGGCGCUGCAAAAACACCCUCAGCUACAGCAGUGUUUGAACCAGCAGAAAGUAAAUGUGAAGCCUCCUCGCCGUUCAAGUGCUGCUGAGCCAAAGUGACUGACUGGUGCGACUAAAAGUUUAUUUGUUCUACUCGUCCACAGUGCAUUUUUUGUAUUUAUAAUUGAUAAUUAAAAAUUUGUGGUGCAAAUUUGUUCCAAUUUGGAAGUAUAUGUGUUGUUGAAAAUAAAAAAAAUA